AUGGUGGGUGCAGCUGCCUCGGAAGCCUCUUCCGAUGAUUUCUCAGUUGUGACAAGUCAGCAGGCCGACGUGGCAUCCGCUACGCCUGUGACAAGUCAGCAGGCCGAUGUGAUGCCCGACCCAUUCUUGGCCAUGAACCUUGGUGAGGAGAUGCAGAUGCAGUACCUGUCCGACGCACAGCAAAGGCUGCAGAAUCCCGAGCUGUGGUCAAGCAACGCAGCGGCAGAGAUCCGGCAGCUGGCGUUCGCUGCCAAUCCGGCAGCAAAGGUCGAGCUCGAUGCGCUCUGCCACAAGUACCAGGAGGUCUCCGUUCGGCGUGUCCGGAGCCUCCGAGGAAACAUUAUGGCCAUGGCACAUACCUUGGUGGAGCUGCUCAGUGCCACAAGAGUUGACCACAACAUGCAGCAGGAUGGCCAUAAGGAGCUAGAAGACUGCGCGCCGAGCGUUCUGAAAGCUGCCAUCCAGAACAUCGGGACAGAGUUUGCAACUCAGGAGCAAGAAUACCAACUUCAAUCGAAGAUGCAUUUCCAGAAGGUUGUGCGUUUUUAUGAGGGCUCACGGAUGGACGCCUUGAAGUCUCGGUUUGGAGCUCUUGCUUCGGUUGUGGCUGCCAUGAGUUCCGUGGGCAGUCUUGGCUUGCUUUGGAAGGCCUACUUUGGCAAGUACUGGUUUUCCGAGGAGGAAGUGGCAAUCGUAAGUUUUUGCCUUCCCUAUACGGCCGGUGCAUGGCUCGUGGGUGGAAGUGCAUGGUUGUGGUCUUCUUGGUGUGCUCAGAGGAGAAGGGACAAUGAUAUCCAGGCCAAGGCCCAGUCGCUUGUAAAGAUCGAGAUGGAGCAACAUCAGGCCAUGUGGCACGGUACGAGGAUGGCUGUGGAUGCCGUCAAGGACACCGCCGAUCGGCUUUGUAAUCUAGCCGACAGCCGAACAGAGCGUCGGCAGAUAUUGACAAAGCAGAUGCUGCAAGACCUCUGGACUAUGAGCAUGGCGAUUGACGAGAUGAUCGUCUGGAUGUCUCAGCACGGAUGCUUUCCACCCAAUUACUCGGUGCGGAACAUGGUGACACCGCUUCGCUAUGACAAGAUCUUCAACACCUUCAAGCAGAUUACAAACAGUCUGAAGCCUUCGCUAGGAGGAGCGUAG